UUGGAACUAAACUAUCGUUGUGAUGUCAUCCCUAAGUUGCGGAUCAUAUUAUAGCUUCAAUUUUAUUUUCGUUAGAAGAGCUGCCCACAGGUGGGAGACGUUACUCCAUUCGCCACUGGCUGCAUCGUGGAACGGGAAAGGAAACCAUGGCGCUGGCCAUCAAGAAGCGCUUCGGCUCCUACGCGGAAACGGUGGAAGGGGCGCCGGCGGUAAAGAAGCUGCGUCUGCAAACACUAGCCGCCGAUUCGAAGGCCGGGAAAGCCGGAAAAGCGGGAAAUGCAGAGCGCAAGCUGACGGCACUCAGCCAACUGGACGUGUAUGUGGGGAAUCUGCUGCCGUCGGCCCUGCCCCCUGGGCCACCGACUGCUCCCCCGGCCGCCACGCCUUCCGGCGCCGCCGUCCUUGGGAAUCUGCCCGCAGCGACAGGAGGUCCCACCACCCAACUGGCGGCCGGGAAUAGCAGGGAGCUCCUCGAGCUCCUGGUCAAAAUCACCGACGAGAUAUCCUACGAAGACGUGGAACUGGCCGAGCUAAAGGAGGUGGCCAACAAGAUCUUCCAGCUGUAUCAGCUGCAGGAGCGCGACAGCGACACCUCCAUCCGGGUGAAGCUGCUCGAGCUACUGUCCGGACUCGGCUGUGAGUGUGCCACCGAGCAGGCGGUGACCAUGAUCAUCGACUACUUCAUCUUCCUUCUGAGGAAGGAGGUCUCCCAAAAGGUGCUUGCCCAGGGCAUGAUGUGCCUCUUCCGGAUCGGGGAGCGCCGGAAGCAUCUGGUACCCAUCUCGUACAACACCCAGGUGGCCCAUUUGGCCAAGGAGCAGCUGCGCUCCGGCUCCACGCACACGCAGAAGAACGCUAUGCUGGUCAUCGGUCGGUUCGCCACCAAAAUGGAGGGCGAGCGGCACUACGUGUGGAAGCUAGCCUUUUACAUUGACUCGCAGGACUCGGGCGUUCGGGCACAGGCUCUGCACGCCCUGCUAACCCUCGGCGAGCGGGGAUCCCAGCUGCCUGCGGUGCUCUACAAGCGUGCCGUUGAGGCCAUGAAGGAUGACUACGAGUGCGUGCGCAAGGAGGCCCUGCGCCUGGUCUUCAUGCUGGGCAACCGGCAUCCGGACUACAUUAUACCCUCGGACCGCCAGCAGGAGGAGCUGCGCAUGAUAGACGCCGCCUUCAGCAAGGUGUGCGAGGCCCUGUGCGAUCUCUCGCUGCAGAUUCGUGUGCUCGCUGCGGAACUGCUGGGAGGGAUGACGGCCGUCAGCAGGGAGUUCCUGCACCAAACGCUGGACAAGAAGCUGAUGAGCAAUCUGCGACGCAAGCGAACGGCGCACGAGCGGGGUGCCCGCCUGGUGACCAGCGGCGAGUGGUCGUCUGGCAAGCGGUGGGCGGACGAUGCGCCGCAGGAGCACCUGGACGCCCGGAGCAUCUCGAUCAUAGCCAGCGGAGCCUGUGGCGCCCUCAUACAUGGCCUGGAGGAUGAGUUCCUCGAGGUACGCACAGCGGCCGUUGCCUCCAUGUGCAAGCUGGCCCUCUCCCGGCCGGAUUUCGCGGUGACCAGCCUCGACUUCCUCGUGGACAUGUUCAACGACGAGAUCGAGGACGUGCGGCUGAAGGCCAUCUACAGCCUGACGGCCAUUGCCAGGCACAUAGUGCUGCGCGAGGAUCAGCUGGAGAUAAUGCUCGGCUCGCUCGAGGACUACUCGGUGGACGUGCGCGAAGGACUUCAUCUCAUGCUUGGUGCCUGCCGGGUGUCUACACAAACGUGCCUGCUGAUGGUGGUGCAGAAGCUGCUGGAUGUGCUGGCCAAGUACCCGCAGGAUCGGCACUCUACGUACGCCUGCAUGCGCAAGAUUGGCCAGAAGCAUCCGCACCUGGUGAUGGCCGUGGCCGUUCAUUUGCUGUACGUGCAUCCCUUCUUCGAGACGCCCGAACGGGAUGUCGAGGAUCCGGCCUACCUGUGCGUUCUAAUACUCGUUUUCAAUGCGGCGGAACACUUGGUGCCCAUCAUCAGUCUGCUUCCCACGGCCACCCAUCGGCACUACGCCUAUCUGAGGGACUCGAUGCCGAAUCUGGUGCCCCAGCUGCCCAUCGAGGGGGCGUCCUCGGCGAGUGCCACACACAGAAUCGAUUCGGCCCUGCGACAAGCGGGCAGCUCGGCGGAGUACCUGCAGAUGAUCCUUAGCCACAUCGAGGAGAUCUUCACCAUGGCUGACGAGCGUGUCGAGCUGCUUCAGACGGCCCAAUCCAAUCUGCAGCGCCUGGGAGCCAUCGAUGCGGGAAUGUACGGCACAUCGAACUUUCUGGAGACCUUCCUGGCGGCCCAAAUUCAGAUCGAACAGAUGCAGCGCUGCGCCAGCACGCAGCGGAGCCGGGUGCCGCUGAAGGAAUCCCUGGCGGCACUUAUUCGCAACUGCCUCAAGUUGCAGCACACGUUCUCCGGCCUCAACUACGGCGAUAUCCUGCAGGUGAAGCAGCUGCGAUUGAGGGCCUGCGCCCUGCACUUGGUUCUGGUGGUCAGGGAUCGCUCGCAGAGUGCUUUGGGUCCCUGCCAGAUGCUAUUGCAAACCGCCGGUGAUAUCAGUGAGUUCAUCAAGGCGAAUACAAAGGACGAGGAGGAUAAGCCGCCGGUGGGAGUCUUGCCAUUGCUGGAGACCGAGCACUGCAAAAAGGAGCCGGCACGAAGGGAUGCCCAGCCGGAUAGCUUCACCCGCCAGUUGCUAAGCAAACUGGAUGGCAUAUCGGAUCCAAAACCGGGUCGCGUCUUCCGCGAGAUUCUGCCGUUGGUCCAGCAGGCUCCGCCGCUGGCAUUGCCACCCGCCAAUGAGAAAAUACGCCGCUGUGUGGCCAACAUCCUGGAGCCGUGUCCGCUGCAAUCGCAGGAUAAUGUGAUCAAGGUUACCGCUGGCCUAAUAGCAGCCGUGCCCUUUGUGGCCGAGAUCGAUAAUCUCCUGGAGUCGCAGAAGGCGGACAUGCGGAUCAAGAUCAAGUACCCGGACCAGCACGUGCACACGGUGGUGCCGAAGCGAAGUGACUUCAAGCCCAUCAUGACGGAGCAGGGAGAGCACGAGACGAAUGUGCGCCUGCGCACCACCAUUCUGCUGUCGCACAGCGUUUGGACGGAGUCCUCGCUGGUGGAGAUUCAACUGUGCCUGGCCGUUCGUCCCGGCAGCGAACUGGAGCUGUGUAAGCCGGCCAAGGUGUUGUUCGCACCCAAGCCAGUCAGGCGGGGCAUUUAGCCUGACUUCCCGGGGGAUGGGUUAGAUGGAGUGGCUGUAGGUCCGGAUCUAGAGGCGGAACUGGUUGAUGGGAUCGUGGGUGAACGGCGCCGGCGGCGGAGGAGCGUAUUGAAAAGCUGACAAGGCCACACAGCCGCUGGAGCAGCAGGAAAAUCGGUUUGCCUAGCAACUGUUGGUUAGAGGAAUAAGAUAACAGUUGGGUAGCAUAUGUAUUUCUUAAAUGCAAUUAACAUAUUGUUUGAGCAUAAAUUGUAUAGGAUAUAUAAUAUAAAUUUUUUCAGUUUAAAUAACAAAUUAUGUAUA